AUGCAUACUCUGGCCACUCUCACAGUGCACCAUAUGUGGACUCCCUGUCUGAUGAUGGCCCUGCUGGGCCUCCUGGCCCCUGCUCAUGGUACCGACUACGAGCCCAGUGAGGCGUGUUAUGAUAACCUGGGUUGCUUCUCAGACUCUCAGCCAUGGGCUGGCACCGUGGAGAGGCCUGACCCCCGCCUGCCUUGGAGCCCAGAGCAGAUCGGCACCCGCUUCCUGCUCUUCACCCAGCAGAACCCAGACCACCACCAGGAGAUCUCUGCCAGCAAGGACCUCCUUCAUGCAUCCAACUACGAUGCCGGCAGGAAGACUCGCUUCAUCAUCCACGGCUACCUGACCUCUGCAGAGGAGAACUGGCACACAGACAUGUGCAAGCUGAUUGUGAAAGCGGAGGAUGUGAACUGCAUCAGUGUGGACUGGCCAAGCUGGAAGGAGGCGGAGUAUUCCCAGGCAGCCAAUAACAUUCGAGUGGUGGGAGCACAGGUGGCAUACAUGAUGUCAUUCAUGAGGGGCUCCUUCAACCAGUCUCCUGCUGACAUGCACGUGAUUGGCCACAGUCUGGGGGCUCACGCCGCUGGGGAGGCAGGUCGCAGGACCAAGGGGCUCGCACGCAUCACAGGUCUUGAUCCAUCUGAGCCCUACUUUGAGAACUGUGCAGCUCUGGUGCGUCUGGACCCCACUGAUGCCAUGUUUGUGGAUGUGAUUCACUCUAAUGGCGCUCCUUUCACUCCCAACCUCGGGUUUGGAAUGUCCCAGUCGGUCGGCCAUGUUGACUUCUACCCCAAUGGAGGAGAGCACAUGCCUGGCUGCUCCAAAAACUCUGUCUCUGAGACCACCACCCCAAAUGACAUCUGGCAAGGUACUCGUGGCUAUGUUGCCUGCAGCCAUCAGAGGGCCUAUAAGUACUACAGUGACACCAUCCUCAACCGCAGCGGCUUCACUGGAUACCCCUGCAAUGAUUACCACAUGUUUGAGGAGGGCAAGUGCCACUCAUGCGAGGGUGACUGUCCCAUCAUGGGUCACUUUGCUGACACUUUCCCAAUUCCAGAAGGCGUGAGCAAGAUGAGAUAUUUCCUGACCACGGCCAAGGAGCCUCCUUUUGUCCGUUAUGAUUACCAUGUCAACGUCACCAUUGAUGGCACCAUGACCAAUCCUGGCCUGUUCAACGUUGCCCUUCACGGUGACAAGGGCAACACCCGCCAGUACAGGAUCUACAUUGGUUUCCUUCAGCCUGGUCACAGCUAUGACAGUGAGAUCGAGACUGAGGUGGACGUUGGGGAGAUCACCCAUGUCAAGUGGCUCUGGAACGACCACAUCAUCAACCCUCUGGCCAAAUUUGGAGCCACGCGCAUCGAAGUGACCAGAUUCCGGGACAACAAGCAGUUUGCAUUCUGUGGAGACGAGAGGCUGUAUGAGAACGUUCUGCAGACCCUGAAUCCCUGCCCUGCUAAGUAAUACAGUACAUAUGAAUUCACGUCAUUAAAGACUCACUCCCUCAAUGUCUCAAGUGCAAUUGCAGUCUUAUAAACUACACUGAUGCCAUU